AUGAGAUUCAAGGCAGGUACGAAAGUGGAGGUAUUAAGCAAAAGGGAGGUUGCAACGGGUUCUUGGCUUUGUGCCGAGAUCAUCUCUGGGAAUGGGCACACAUACUGUGUUAAGUAUGGCUGGUUUCCAGUGAAAAAUUCUGGAGAGGCAGCGGUGGAGAGGGUGCCUAGGAAGGCAAUUAGGCCUUGUCCACCCCCAGUGGGAGGGGAUGAUCAUUGGGUCCCUGGGGAUCUAGUUGAAGCGUUCCACAAUUCUGCUUGGAAAACGGCAAUAGUAAUGGAAGUAGUGGGUGAGAACAGCUAUUUUGUUAGGUUACUUGGAUUGUGUGAAGAAUUCAUUGUCCAUAAAUCUCAUUUAAGAGUUAGACAGUGCUGGCAAGAUGGCAAAUGGAUUGUAAUGAGGAAGGGUUUGGAGAAUUAUGCUGUGCCUGUGGGAAAAGGACAAUCGGAUACAGGGAUACACCUAUGUGCUGAAGAUGAUUGCUUUCCAGUGGGAAAAAAUUUUGAAGUUCGAAACCGCAAUAUGGUUUCCACUAGAUCAUUGAAGAGAGGAUCACCAUUUGGCAGUGGUCUUGAACCAUAUCCAGUGGCUGCUCGAAAGAAGAGAUUGAUUGAAAAAAAGGGUAGCCAUGAACGAAUUUCUUCAGUUUAUCCGUCUCCUACAUUUGAAAAGGUAGAUGCGUUAAUUUAUCCAAAUGAAAUAUUGGGUGAGAAUUAUGUGCACUCUUCCUUUCAUACUGGAACAGCUGAGUUCUCUAAAAUGGAUGUAGGUAGGAAAAAUGAUAGUUGUCUUGUAGAAUCCCCAAUAUCCGUCGAUACAGAUAGUUGUAUGUCCUCCGUCGGUAGUUGUAGUGUUGUAGGCAGCUUUGGUCACAACCUGCCUUGUCCAAACCAACAUGAUAAAAAUUUAGAGGAUUUGCAUAGUGAUGCUGAAUCAUCAUAUGGAUCAGAAUAUGAGAUCAAAGGUUCCUUAUCUUAUGAUGAGAAAUUUGGAGUUGAAGUGCAUAGGUCAAAACUACUUUCCUAUUGUUCUACUAUUGAGGCAUUGUAUAGUUCAGGGCCUUUGAGUUGGGAAGAUGAAGAAAAUUUGACAAGCCUACGCGAUGAGCUCCACAUUUCAGAUGAUGAACACUUGAUGGUGUUAAGAAAUCUGAUAUCUGUUAAUAGCUAUGAGGCAAUAUCCACGCUUGAUUUCCGACAGGCUCAUGUCUGGCUGACUUGGCCAUGGGUGGUCAAGUUUCAAAAGCUAAGUGAAAAAAAACCUUUCCUUCUUGCUGGAUACGAUGAUGAUCUAUAUGAGGCUAUAAAACUUGUUGUGGCUGGGCCUAGAUCGGAUAUUGAAUGGUUCGUGAUAAAAAAACGCAGUGCUCGAAGGGGGCAUACAGGUUCGGGUCUGCAUGCGUUAAGCACCAAGCGAGAGCUGCGAUAA